UUCCCACGUGAACAUAUCGGGGGACACGCCCUAGGACAAGCUCCCUGAGUGGCAAAACACAAAUGGCUGAGGAGAAUAGGAGAAACAAAGAAACCGGGACUUAAACACGCAAUUAUUUCCUGAACUUACAAGCAGCCGGACCCGACGGUGAACCUUACGGCUUCACUACGACUUACGAAGGAAUCAGCUGUUUCCGGACACUGAAAUGUUGCACGUAAUUGCGUUUCCUCAUAAUGAGAGCAGUCAUUUUGCUGAGCGUUUUGCCACCCACCGUGACCCAAGGGGGCGCUCUCCGGCAUUCUCACGUGGUGUUCACGGGUAAAGUGACGACACGUCCGUACCCUCCGUAGUUCCAAACAAUGCAUUGAAGCCCAUUCAUUUAACUGUUUCCCAAACACAUUCGCAGAUAAGUUGAUAAAAUACAUCUCCGUAAAACUUUAGUUUUACUAUAAGGAUGUUUUUGAAACUAAAUAUUAUGUCCCCCCCAAUAAAGGCUUUUCUGUGUGUCUGUUUGUGCAGAUGAAUGAUUUUCUAUAAAGCCUGCUCAUGUUAUAUAUCCUCUCCCUAUAUAAAUAUCAUAAUACAAAUUCGUACUAUCUGAAUUGUUUAUCGUGUUCAUUUUGUUGCAAAUACAGCGGGUCCACUGUCUCUCCAGCUUAAACCCAUUCAAACAGCUCCGUGAACCACGUGACCACCCGGCGGCUAGAUCAAACGGUGUCGCAACUCUGUUUUUCGACAGCUCCGGCAGAAAAUAAUGCAGUCGGGCGUUGUUAAGCAAAUACAGUUUAACCACGAGGAAUAAAACCUAGAGGUUUCCAGUAUUGUUUUAAAUUACUAACCUUUUAAAUGUUGCGGCUACCCAGCUUCCGUGGAUUAGAAAAGUGUACGCGUACUGAAAAUUCUCGGCGGAAGUAGGCACUGUUUUUGCAUACUGUGGUUUCGCACAUAGUACACAUUUUUCACAGCACUUAUGACCGUGUAGUGUGUGGAAGCAAGCGGUUUAGGAAGCAGAGCAGAUUGUGUUUGUUGUGAAACUCGUCCCCUUUCCUCUCCGAGAAGCGAGUGUUUAUGUGUAAUGUGACGUCACCGCACACGCUCUUGGACACACGGAUGCGCGUCUCGACACGAGACCCUCGCACAUAUAUGGGAGAGUCACACAGCUGCAUUGAUCUGUAAUGCCGUCUGUCAUCAUGUGAGAUGAUCUAGAUCUCAGUGAAUCGUUAACAGAAGGAAGUGUGUGUACACCAAAAGAAAAAGUAACUCAUAGAUCAUGGCCGAUUACCUCAUCAGUGGGGGAACUGGUUAUGUUCCUGAGGAUGGACUCACUGCCCAGCAACUCUUUGCUAUCGGGGAUGGUCUCACAUACAAUGAUUUUCUGAUACUGCCUGGCUUCAUUGACUUCACAUCUGAUGAAGUGGAUUUGACCUCUGCCCUGACCCGGAAGAUUACUCUGAAGACGCCGCUCAUUUCCUCUCCGAUGGACUCAGUCACUGAGUCCUCCAUGGCCAUCGCAAUGGCUCUUAUGGGUGGAAUAGGAAUCAUACAUCAUAACUGCACACCUGAAUUCCAGUCCAAUGAAGUCAGGAGAGUCAAGAAAUUUGAGCAGGGCUUCAUCACGGACCCCGUGGUGAUGAGUCCACGACACACGGUCGGUGAUGUGUUUGAAGCAAAGGUUUGCCAUGGUUUCUCCGGCAUUCCGGUUACAGAAACAGGCAAGAUGGGCAGCAAACUGGUGGGCAUUAUUACGUCACGAGACAUCGACUUUCUGUCAGAGAAAGAUUACGACAGGGCGCUGGUAGAGGCUAUGACAAAAAGAGAAGAUUUGGUGGUCGCUCCUGCCGGCGUAACGUUAAAAGAAGCCAAUGAUAUCUUGCAGCGCAGUAAAAAAGGUAAACUGCCUAUAGUGAAUGACAGCGAUGAGCUCGUGGCGAUCAUCGCUCGCACAGAUCUGAAGAAGAACAGAGAUUAUCCUCUAGCCUCCAAAGACUCUCGCAAACAGCUGCUGUGUGGAGCUGCCAUCGGCACCCGAGAGGACGACAAGUACCGCCUGGAUCUGCUCAUGCAGGCCGGGGUGGACGUGAUCGUUCUGGACUCCUCUCAAGGAAACUCAGUGUUUCAGAUCAGCAUGAUAAACUACAUCAAACAGAAAUAUCCAGACCUACAAGUGGUAGGAGGAAAUGUGGUGACCGCUGCUCAGGCGAAGAAUCUUAUAGAUGCAGGUGUUGAUGCUUUGAGAGUGGGCAUGGGCUGUGGAUCCAUCUGUAUCACACAGGAAGUGAUGGCGUGCGGGAGGCCACAGGGCACCUCCGUGUAUAAGGUGGCGGAGUACGCCCGUCGUUUCGGAGUUCCAGUCAUUGCAGACGGUGGCAUUCAAACAGUCGGGCACGUGGUCAAAGCCCUCGCGCUGGGAGCGUCCACAGUGAUGAUGGGCUCGUUGCUAGCGGCAACCACAGAAGCCCCAGGUGAGUAUUUUUUCUCGGAUGGCGUACGACUAAAGAAGUAUCGUGGAAUGGGAUCAUUGGAUGCCAUGGAGAAAAAUAACAGCAGCCAGAAGCGUUACUUCAGUGAGGGUGACAAAGUGAAGGUCGCUCAGGGAGUGUCGGGCUCAGUUCAAGAUAAAGGCUCAAUACACAAGUUUGCGCCGUACCUGAUCUCCGAUCAACAUGGCUGCCAGGAUAUUGGUGCAAAGAGCCUGUCCAUUCUGCGAUCCAUGAUGUAUUCCGGAGAGCUGAAAUUUGAGAAGAGGACCAUGUCUGCACAGGUUGAGGGCGGAGUUCAUGGACUGCAUUCUUAUGAGAAGCGGUUAUACUGAGGCGGGCAGCAAGGGGCAAGUAAGAUCCGGACCCAACGUUCCAUCACCAGCUGUCACCAAUCACAUCAGCUGAAACUAUGAACAAAAGCUGAGCCCUUCUCUCUGAGAUAUAAUGUACACACAUCAAAAUACAGAAUUCUUUACACUGGGAAAAAAAAUACACAUUCACAUAGAAUUGAAAGUACUGACUCUGAUGCUCCUCAUUUUAUCUGUGUCCGGGCUUCCCUGUAAAAAAUUAGAUGUCCAAAAAUAUGAAUGUACCACAUAAUCAUCAUGUGUGUGUAUACAGCAUACAGUAUGUUUUCAUUAGCUUUGAUUUAGCAGAGUUUGAUGUUAGUCGUUUUGUCAAGGUCUUGAAUUUGUAUUUUAUUUUAUUAGCAAUAAUACUUUCGGUGAGGCACUUUGCCAUUAGAGUGUUAUGAAUUCAGAUUUAAGGCAUGUUAAAGAAACGCAUUUCUCUUUUCAGGUCACAAUUCACUAUAAUUCACAUCAUAAGUAAGUUAGCUAGAACUAGAGUGAUGCCGGUUUAUGAGUAUCAGCCUUAAAAUCAGGAAUACUUUACUAUUACAUGCCUUACUCUAGUCAACACGGUUCAUAGACACUAGAGACUGCCAUAACUUUAUUUCGUAACUUUACACAUCUGCAUAAAAAAACAUUCAAAAAAGCAUUUGCACAUACAUAUAUUCAACAUUUUACAGUAUAAAAGUAAACAUUUGAGAGUUUACAAGGUCAGAAUGUGAACACGCUUAAAAGUAUAUCAGAUUGUGGAUACAAUUAUUCUGUCUCGUAGAACAAAAACUGUAUUUUAUAGUCUUUAUUUUGUUUGUCUCCAUAUGUCCAAGACUAGAAUAAUUGCUUAAUUUUUGAGAUAUAUUUAGAUACCAUUUUAUAAAGACAGAUGCAUGAAGAGCAAUGUAAAUAAGAGGACUUUAUUGCCACAUAGUUGAAUGUGUCUUUAGUAAGCGGAAAGAAAGUGAGAAGCACCAGGACAAGGAUGUGAAAGGUGAUUAUUGAUCUGUCUGUUUUUUUUUGCUGUUUAAUCUACUGAUGUACAGGAAGCUAAAGGUGUCAAUCACAAGAAUUUGCAUUAAUAAAGAUGGUAGUGGCAUAAGCUGGUAUAACUCUCAUGUAUUUAUUUUCGCCUUCACAACCAAUAGGGGGCAGUGUUGAUCAACGAAAAUGGCUUGUAAAGACAGAGGAUGUGUUCAAAAUGAAAUAAGUGUAUUGCCCACUGCAGAUUGAACACACACAAUACAGCCUC